AUGAAUUCUUACCUGCUGAAUAGGGCCCUCGGGUCCAUCACGCCGUCGGACUUUCAUGUCGCAUUGACGACUCGACUGGUUCACCAUCUGGAACCCGCCCCUGGUGUCCGUUUCUCUAGUUACACAGGGCCGGCAGCUGGAGAUGCGCAGAUUGGCUGCGAGGAUGAGAUCUAUGCGCAUAAGGCCGGGGUGAACGUGUUGGCCAGCGAUCAGAAUGAGGGGAGAUUCCUGGUCUCUGGCGGCGCAGAUCCCUCGAUCCACCUCUGGGAUCUAGAAAGUCGAGGCUCACAGUUAUCCCAUACCCAUCGAUCGAUCGCGUCCGUCAAUAAGUCGUCGCAUGAGGAUGCCCAUACACGCUCCCUCACCUCCCUGUCGAUCUACCCGUUCGACCCGACGCCAUCGACGAUACUGUCGACUUCACACGAUGGGACUCUGAAGCUCUCCGCCCUCGAGCCUACGGGUAUCACGCCGGUGCAUACGUUCAAGCUGGACUGUACACCCUACGCGCACUCCAUGUCCUCACACAGCGGGUCACCUCUCCUCAUAGCCGUGGGCACCUCCGAGAAACCCGUCCGACUCCUCGAUCUACGCUCCGGUCUCUCCACCCACGGACUGCCAGGACACAGCUCCUCCGUGCUAUCGGUAUCAUGGGCUCCUCACCGACCGCACAUCUUGGCCUCCGCGUCCGCCGACCACCGCGUCAUCCUCUUCGACAUCCGACGUGGCGGACACAACUCCGCCAUCGCUACACUCGACAUGGACGACGCCGUUGGCUUAGUUCCGCCACAGACUGCCCCGCCGGGCCAUGACAGCCGUCCCGCAUUCUCGCCGUACGUGCGAGCUCACGGCGGCGCAGUGACCGGCGUUCGGUGGACGACCAACGGCACGCAUCUCGUGACGGCGGGCCAGGAUGCGCGCAUCCGCGUCUGGGACGCCACGACGGGCGCCAACACCAUGGUGCACUUCGGCCCACGCGUCCGCAACAGCGUCUCCUCGCACCUGGCCGAACGAGCUCCGCUAGUCUUACCCCGGGGAGUGAUGAAAGCAGGUCACGAGACGCUGCUCUGGCCGAACUUCAACGAGCGAGACGACCGCGGCGAGAUCUUCAUGUUCGAGCUGCGCGAGGGUACGUUCAUCAAGCGGCUGCGCGUUCCGGGCCUCGCCAUCAACGCUCACAGCAUGCGUGGUCGCUCGAGUGCACUCAGCGCCGCGCGCAUCAACGCCCUCGCGUGGCGCGGCAACGGCGCCGCCGGCGAAGGAAUGGAGAUGUUCUCGGCGCACGGCGACGGCACCAUCCGGACGUGGGUAUCUCGCGAGCCGGAGGGCGAGCCGGACGAGGAGGAAGAGGCCGAGCAGGCCGAUCGGAAACGGAAACGCGAUGUUCUCGAGGAGAUUUACCAGGGGUUCAUGCCUGAUUCCGUCCGAUAG